CGUACAUUGGAAAUAUCUUCCCGGGGAGAGAUGUUUCCACUUUCCACUUCACAACAUGCGGCAGGAUUUCUCAUGCUUUCAGAGACUGUGUGCAGUGUUUACUCCCGAAGCAGGAAUUCCGUCGCCAUGACUCGUGAACUUCAACUGACGUUUUUCCUUUCGAAUUCGUCCAUUACCCUAUUGCGCGUUCUUCGUUUCUGCGCUAAAUCGCAGACACCAGCAGAUCAUACCUCAUUAAAAAACAGAUUUAUUUUUUUUCACUGAAACCCAAACCCUAAUUUUUCGUCUACUCAUUCUCAUUAUUCUUUAUAGUUUAUACAUGGAUUUCUUCAAAACCGUAUUCUCAGACGAUCCAGAACCAGAACCCUCGGAUAACAAGAACCAAUCGUCGGUGUCGGGGUCCCCUAAAAGAGAACCGGAGGCAGAAGCAGAAGGGGAUUCAGAUCACGAAGCUCUACUAGAGGAACACGAUUCAAAUCCUAAUCCUAAUACUGAUUCUUCAGUAGGUUCUGGUUGGAGUUUCGGUGGCUUCAUUAAAACUUUCGCAACAAAAUCUGAAUCAGUUCUCCAAACGUACCGUCGUGAUUUAGAAGAAUUCAGUUCUGGCCUUAAGAAGGAGACAGAGGCGAUCCGUGAAGCUACCAGUCGCGCCGUAAAGGAGCUUCCGGCGUCGAUCGAGGCCGGAGCGUCGGCUGCACAGGAAUCGUUCGAGUCAGUUGGGCAAGCCAUUGAUGUAUUCGGAAGCACCGUGUGGCGCGGGACAGCAGAGAUCAUUUCCCACGGUAAGGAUUCACUUCUCGCUGCUGAAUCUGAAAGCGACUCUUCUGACAGUCAACAUUUAAAUAAUCAGGCCUUGAGUUCAAGGCGGUAUGGUAGAUUCGAAGCGCAGGUUCGUGCAAUUCAGAUCAAUUUGAAUACUUACUCGGAGGAACCCGAUGAUUUGGACGACUUCAAUAAGUGGAAAUCUGGGUUUUUAAUUGAAGAGAUGGCCGAAGAAAUUGAAAAAUUAUGCAGUGACAAUGGGGUUAUGGAGGGAAUUUAUGCGAAGCUUGUUCCCAAUGUUGUUGAUCAUGAGACAUUUUGGAGUCGCUAUUUUUACAGGGUUUACAAGCUUAAGCAAGUGGAAGAUGCUAGAGCUAAUCUUGUAAGGAGAGUAAUUUCUGGUGAAGAGGAGGAAGGUUUGAGUUGGGACGUGGAUGAUGACGAUGGCGAAGAAACCAGUGCAUCGAAUUUGAAGACUGGUACCACGGAGAAUAAAGCACCAGAGAAACCUGUCGAGGAAUCACAGGUCGGAAGUUCUGAGGUUGUUUCUGAGAUGGAAGAGAAGAGAACUGACAGAGAGGUUGGUGAGAGAAGCCAAAUUGUGGAAUCUGUUAGUGAUAAUGCGUCUUCUGAGAUAGUCUUGUUGGAAGGAAAGGCAGACAUGACUCGAUUUCAUAGUGAUGAAUCGGUUGCCAAAUCUGAUGAGAAGAUCAGUGAAGGGAAGGCCGACCAUGGUGAAUCUUGCAAAGACAGUGACUUUUCGGUUGUCUCAAGCCAGCCAUUGAUGCCCGAGGAGGAGGACAUUGGAUGGGAUGAGAUUGAAGAUCUUGGCAGUAAUUUUGAGAAAAAAGUAACUGUAGGUGGGAGCCCCAAUAGAACUGAUAUACUUAAGCGGUUUAGUGCUGCAGAUGAAGAGGAAGAUUUAAGUUGGGACAUUGAAGAUGAUGAUGAGCCUAUUAAACCAUGAUCGAACUGAUACUAGGAUAAAAGUGGUUAAAAUGCGUUUCAUURUUUUCUGCCCCCUAUGGGAAUUCUUCCAGGUGUUUAUGUGCAUCUUUUGAUUAUGGUUGUUUUGUCAAUUUUACUUCGUUUAUGAUAGUGGGGAUUGGAUUACUAGCACUUCUUUCAAUUCUCUUGGUUGUUCAAUUUGGAAAAAAAAAUCAUGGACAUUCUUCCUGUCUUUAGCAGAGAUUGAGACUCAAGCUGGGGAAAGGGGAUAGAUUGCUUCUUUGGAAGGAUCCUUGGUGUGGGCAAUCCACUCUCUCAGAUCAAUUCCCACAGCUUUUCCAGAUUGCAGAACCCCAGGAUGCGUUUAUCUGGGAGUGUUAUGAAAUUAAUGAAGGCUCUGUGAUCUGGUGCCCUUCCUUCAGAAGGAAUUUUCAAGAUUGGGAGAUUGAAAGCUUCACUGAACUUCUGGAGCUGAUUUCCCUUCAGUUUCAGCCCCUAGAUCGACUUGUGGAAGAUAGCUGGGUAUGGAGUUGGAGUUCAGAUGGCCAAUUUUCUGUGAGAUCUUUUGUUAGACAUUUGUCUAACCUCAGUCCAGCGGAUUUCCCAGCUGCUAAAGUUUGGAAUUCUUUAGGUUAGACAGAUGUUUAACUAAAACACAUUUGUUAAAAAGAGGUAUGCAGAUCGAGGGAUUAGUUUGUAUGCUAUGUGGUCAAAAUCAGGAAGACAGCAGCCAUCUGUUCACCCAUUGCUCUGUCUCAACAAAAAUCUGGAAUCACUUUCUUUCAGUACUGUAUAUUAGCUGGGUCAUACCAAGCACUGUGAAGGAGCUGCAGGGACUGUCAAAGCUUGCAGGAAGCAUCUGGGAGACCAUUCCGGCUGCUGUUAUUAGCUCUAUAUGGACAGAGAGAAACAAAAGGGUUUUCUGUAACACUUUCAAAGAUUCAGAAGAUCUUAUUGCUUUUGUCUUUGGAAAACUCCUGUCUUGGGUCUCGGCUAUCAAGGGGUUUUUGACCACCCAAUUGGGGGCUAGGAUGGGUUCUGGGGAUUUCUGGAAUUUGUAAUGGCUUGAAAUCCAUGCUGUSUCAACCCAAAAGAUAUUUUUGGGGGGACUCUCUUGUAUUAUUAUCUCCGAUUUAAUAAAAUUUUACCUUACCUUUAG